AUGAGCCUAUCUACUAGUACCGGUACCACCGAAGAUGAAAUGACCCCCGCAAUGCAAGGUUUCUUUGCAGCGUUAACGUUGACCGUUCCGAUCUGUAUUGGCUUGGGCGUGGGUGCCUCUUCGACGUUGGCAGAUUUCAACUUGGCCCGCAAAAAGCCAAUUCCCGUCUUGAUUGGCUUGAUAUCUCAAUUUGUGGUCAUGCCCUUGAUUGCUCUUUGUCUGCUCCAGAUGUUUGCACUGGACCCGGAAGUGGCCGUGGGAGUCGUCUUGGUCGGAUCGGCUCCUGGUGGAAGUGCCAGUAAUCUCUACACGUACUUUGCCCAAGGAGAUUUAGCGUUGAGUGUCACCAUGUCACUCUUAUCGACGCUCUUUGCCUUUUUCAUGAUGCCACUCUGGUCGUAUCUACUCAUUACGCUCGCAAUGGGCAGUGAAAACACACCACACAUUCCCCUGCAAAAUAUUGCCAUUGUCCUGGUAUUCAUUAUUGUACCCACGGGGGUAGGACUCGUUAUUCGACAUACCAAUCGAACAUGGAAACUACGCGGAAAAUUUCUCUGGGAACGCGUCGCACAAGUCGCCACUCUGGUUGGAUUCCUCGCCCUCUUGGGUGUCUCCAUUAUCGCCAUUGCCCAACAUUACGAAGCCAUGACCAAACACGUCGAUCCCGCCAUUUGGGGCAUGGCCUGUCUCAUGCUACCCUUGGGGACACUUUUUGGACUCGUCGCAGCCCGACUGUUGCGGCGCACCCGCGACGAAUCCAUUGCCAUUUCCAUUGAAACGGGCAUUCAAAACUUUGCCUUGGCUGUCGCCGUCAUUGGGCUUUCCGGGGACACUAUGGAUUCCGCCAAAGCACUGCAAUUUCCUUUGGCAUACGGAGCCAUUAGUAUGAUUGUGUCGCCUCUGACGUCGGCUCUGUAUCGAUUCGGUUGGCCCAAAAAGAUUCUUCACGAGGAGGAUAAAGACGAAGAUGAAGAGGAGGACAAAGCCAACCAAAAAGAAACCACAAUCACCAAAGUAGAAGAGGAUGUCGAAGCACCACCAGCGGAUCAAGAGAAUAAUAAUCAAGGGGUGACCUUUGACUCCACGGCCACUUCCACCAGCACUCGUGCAUCCGACGUCUCCUCCUCUCAAGAACUCACUGGAAACAAUCAUCGUGAUCAAGUCAGUGCAACUCUCUCCGUCUAG